UUUAUUUAGUGAAAGGUUUUAUUGGAUUUUUGCGUCUCAGUGAAAUUUGAGUAAACUUUCUUAUCCUAAUUCGUAUAUCCGCUGGCACAAAAGAUUACGGGCUACGGUGAGCUUGUAUCAACACGGGACUACAACGGAAUGUUCAUCACUAAGUCCUAUAAAGUAUCAAAAUAAUCAAUGUUUCAAGUCUUCAAUUCCGCUCUAAAGACCAACCACAGUGCUUGACAAAACUUUCCAAGACCAUCCUUUCAUCCAGCAGUGAAUAUGACGUCAAUUCGUGGCAAACAAGGAUAAAUUAAACAUUAAUUCGUCUCGAUAUCCACACGAUGUCUCGAUUUAUAACUGACUUGAAUUCACUAACGCAUCCAGCCAGUAUAUUUUAAAUCGUCCUACGAGUAGAAAAAGGAAGACACUUCAGUUUCAUGGUAUGAUGGAGAGAGACCUCAAAUCACUUCGAAGAUCAAGACUUAUGAACUAUUCAGAGUUUCGUACAAUGACUACUUCACUUGAGCGAUAUUACAAAGAUAUGAAACUCGCUAUGAUGAUGGGACGCAAAGAGAAUAAGGACAUGGAUAUGAGGCCAUACCUCUAUGAUGAAGGCGACUCAUACGACAAACCUUUUUACAACACACUACUGAAAAUGCUCUAUGAAGUUUCCACGUCCAUAUACUAUGACAAGCAGUAUGAAGACUUAAAAAAGAUCUACAGCUGGUACAGGGCAAACAAGAAACUGAUUGUAUCACCACCAAAUGUCCCAAUUCCAGAACCACGCACUCCAACAAAUGACACAACAGAUCACACUAAGUCACGUGACCUCCUGGAAAAUGAUGACGUCAGUGUUUGUGUGGAUGAUGAAGAAACACAGGAAAAGCUGAAAAGGGUUCCAAAACUACAUUUAAGACCAAAAACUGCACCGCCAAUAGAAAACAAAAGAGGAGUUCGCUAUGUUACAUGGAACGAGGCUCAGUUGAAAAAAGGCUGCAAAAGACCAGCCUCGGGAAAACAAGAAAUGAGAUACUAUAGUCGAGAGCAGUAUGCAAGGGAACAGAUAGCAAAGUCACUGAAGAUAAGUCAGAUUGGUCAUGGCGGCGACAAGAAUGGAUCUGACCGGCUGUUGAUUCAGCCGUCGUUAUAUGGUGGCAGACCCAGCACUGCACCUCCCAACAAUAUGCAGUUACGGCUUAAAGACAACGAUUUGAUGAAGUCGUAUGUUCUUAAGCCUUAUACAAGCACUCCAGCUCCAAUGUCGUCCCCAAUGAACUCCCCAUUAACGUCACCUCGUGACUCACCGGUUUCAUUUAGAUCUAAAUCACCUCACUUAUCUGCCCACUUUUCACCUGAGCGUGCUAAGGACCCUUCGGUCAAAUUAAACGUAAGAAUUCCACGAGAAAAGGGUGACAUAGAAGACAACGUCAGUUCAAUUCAAGACGACGCAAGCGAUAAAGAAAAUAGCCUCGAAACUGAUGAUGACUCCAACUCAUCUAAUCAUCCAUCUCCCAGAGUCCUUCCUCCUAAUGCAACAUCAUCAGAACUGAAGCAAAUACUACAAAACCAAAUACACGAGGAAAAAUUACUGGAAGAACAACAUGGUUUGCUUCAAAAGAAGCUCUUACACGAGUAUGACAAGUACGCACGAGACUGCGCCAUGGCAGAGAAAGACAGGAUGAUGAAUGUUGAGAUGGUCGAUGGACAAGUUGCAGUGACUCGUAAUGGAACCAGAUCAUCGCAGGCGUCCCCAGUUUAUGCGUACGACUUAUCGUCGCCAGAUGUCAUCCCAAGCUAUAACAGAAUUUACUCAAAGUCAAAAGACGGUCAUUCUCGCAGUAAAUCAGCGGAAUCUCCCACCAUUCAGUCAGGUUAUAGUCCAGCAAGACAUCUUCGACAUACCACUGUACCUUCWCAUCGACCAGAUGAAGUUAAUGUAAACUUGGUACUUGACAUGGUGACGCCUAUCGGACUGCAAAUGGAGCAUGACAGACAACGGCAAAAUGGUUACGUUGUCCCAGGAAUGAAGCAACCAACAUCAUCAAUCUCUCCACCAAACCGACCAAAUAGACCGUCCGAACCCCAGCCCUUGUGGGAAACAUCGUCGACGGUUUCAUCUUGUGCUAGCAGUGUUAAUAAUCAAGAUUCGCCCAGAUCUACAGUGCAAACCCCGUUAGAGCUAAAAUCCAAGCAGCCCGAACUCGCCACUGAGAGAAAUGAAAGAGAUUACAAGGUCCAUUUCCAGCAAGAAAAACCAAGUGAACAUACAAAGUCUUUCAAGACUUCAGGGCCUGUUUCACCUGACACCAUACGAUACCAAUGGACUGACGAUGGAUUUGGCAGUAUGACGUACUUGAAGAAGCUGAAAUCCCCUGUGUCUCCCAGGACUCCUAGAAAGAAACUCACACAUUCUCAGACUCCUCGGUCAGAACAGAUCUCUAUGACAACAGGGUCUCGAUCUCUUGACAAGAGGACCUUAGCAUCAUUAAUGUUGGUUAGACAACUAGGAGAAACAGACCGAAGAGAUAGCGAUCGCAUGGGAGUCACCAUUGAGAAAAGUCCUGCUCCUCCAGCGGACCCUGUSGAGUAUAAGUACAAUAUGGAAUACAUGACUAUUUGUCAGCCUGUUGGACCACGACUUGGAGAAAUGGAGAAACCAUCCACUAUGGCCUGGUACCUACAAGGUGACCAUGGUUUGUACAGAGAUCCCAGCAUGCGUAGCGAAAGUGAUGAAAUACGAAUUAAAAGAGAGGUUCGCAUCCCACAAGAUCGUUCGCUGAUGAUAGAGGGGAAGCACAUCGGUGGCGAAACAGAGCAAGACGAUAAAGGAACUUCACAAGAUUUAAAAAGUCAAGAAAAAGACGAAAAGACAAGCAGCCGAACACAAAAAGAGGAAAACAAUAACAAGCAAAAAGUGGAAACAGACCAWAUAAAACCAGMCAAAAGUGUUCUACGUCCCAAGUCUCCAUCACCUAGACGACCACCUUCAGCUCCUAGCAACGAGAACCGCCAUAUCUCUAUUCCUACUGAUAAAGGCUUUGGUACGGCAUCGAGGCCGUGCUCAGCCCGCAGUGAUCGGUCUGAUAAAAAAUAUGCAUUCUCUGUUAAACAAUUUAAUCACUUCUGCUGGCCUGAUGAGGCCUUACUUACUGACGAUGUGAUUAGACAGAGAGAAGUCUGGGCAGCAGUUAACAUACAAAGAAUAUUUCGAGGUUUUAUGGCGAGACAGUACUACCAUACACUGAAGGACGCUGAACGAGAGCGACAACGAAAAGCAGUAAUUAGCUAUAAUGACAUUAAAGAGUAUUUUAAAUCAGUUGGACACGCGCCUUCACAGAAAGAAAUCGAUGAAGCCAUCGAAAUUGUAACGAAAUCAUCUCCCAAAGGAAAAAGUCUAACAAAAGCUGAGGCCAUUGAAAUUCUYUUCCAAAUCUACGUACCUAAAGGGACUGGAAUGAAGCUAUCAGACGUACGUAAAUCAACUUGGUUGAACCCACUCAAAGACGGUCAGGAUAUUAUGCAUCUUUUAUCGAAAAAAGACCUCGAGGAAACAAAUCUUGCUAAGUGCCUUGCACUUGUAGCAAACUCUGGGAAAGAGAACGAAGAAAUUCAAGAUUUACUAAGACCAGGCUCUGCUAUGAAAUCAAGUAAGAAAUCCGACAAAAAGAGCGCRAAAGAACGACGUGUGACGUUAGCCCAGUAUCCUUUGCGGCCUUCUUCKUCGUCGUCUCGCAGUCGAUCCAAGUCUCCAAAGCCAAGAAGAUGACCUUUGCGCUGAAAAAAA